AUGCAAGCCUCCCCACCCCCUCAAUCUGAAAAAUCACACCCAUCCCUCAUUUUACAUCACCAUCCAAGUAAAACAGCCUCCUCUUCUCUCCCCUUUCAUUCAUCAACCCAUUCUUACUCAUCCAUCCUGAAGCCUUCACCCAAACUCCUACCAUCAGAUACGCCUCUGUGUCCAAAAUACACCUGUGGAUUUCUGACCCAAUCCAUACCAUCCCCAAGCCCACCUCUACCCUUGCUCCAUUGGCUGACACUGGUCACAUGCGCCUGCUUGCUUCCUGCUUUGAUUGGACGGAUUCCUGGGGCCUUGGCAGGGGAAACGUGGGGUGUAGUUUCUUCAUGCCCUUUUCACUGCGUGUGCCGGAACCUUUCAGAGUCUCUGAGCACACUCUGUGCAGACAAAGGCCUCCUCUUCGUUCCACCAAACAUAGACCGCAGGACUGUCGAACUCCGCCUUGCUGACAACUUCAUUAGAGAAGUGGGUGGCACGGACUUUGUCAACAUGACCGGAUUGGUGGAUUUAACACUGUCACGUAACACCAUCAGCUACAUCAAACCAAUGGCAUUUGCAGACCUUGAAAGUCUCCGCUCAUUGCACUUGGAUGGAAAUCGACUGACAUCACUUGGUCCCAGAGACUUAGCGGGUAUGCUGAACCUGCAGCACCUCAUUCUAAACAACAAUCAGCUUAUCAACAUUUCCUCUGAUGCCUUUGAUGAUUUUCUCCUCACACUGGAAGACCUGGACCUGUCUUACAAUAAUCUGCGCAAAGCGCCAUGGGAAGCCAUCCAGAAUAUGGCCAGCUUACAUACACUCAAUCUCGACCACAACCUCAUUGACCAGAUUGAAGAAGGUUCCUUUGGUGAACUCUACAAACUUGCUCGUUUAGACAUGACUUCCAAUCGCCUUCAGACUUUACCACCUGACCCUCUGUUUGCCAGGUCUCAGACAGGAGUCAUCAGCCCUACACCAUACAACUCAGUAAUCAGUUUGAACUUUGGAGGAAACCCUUUGCACUGUAACUGUGAGCUGCUUUGGUUACGGAGAUUGAUUCGGAGUGAUGAUAUGGAGACUUGUGCUACUCCGAUUCACCUGGCAGGACGCUACUUUUGGUCAAUACCUGAGGAGGAAUUUACUUGUGAGCCUCCACUUAUCACUCGUCAUACACACAAACUCUGGGUCUUAGAGGGCCAAAAGGCAACACUCAAAUGCCGAGCUAUUGGAGACCCUGAACCAGUGGUGCACUGGGUCUCACCUGAUGAUCGGAUUAUUGCUAACUCUAGUCGUACCAACUCAUUCCGUAAUGGGACUCUUGAAUUCCUAGUGACUGUGGCCCGUGAUGAUGGUGCGUAUACUUGUAUUGCAAUCAAUGCUGCAGGUGAGGCCACUGCGAUUAUCGACCUCAAAGUCAUUCCUCUUCCUCACCGAGGGAAUGGGACCGUGUCUUUAGCCCGUGACCCAGGUUCAUCAGAUAUUACCAGAGGAAAAACAUCCAAUGGGCAGACCCCCAGCCAGGACACCAACACAGAACCACAGGAAGUUCGAGAAGAAGUAGAAGCAGAGGAUGGAGCAAAUGAAGGAGAGGACCAGUUUGUGGAGGUACAGGGGGUUACCUCCACCUCAGCACAGGUUCGGUGGGAUAUAGGCAGACUUUCAGGUGCAUUAUUGGUUUGGAUGUACCAGAUACAGUACAACUGCACCGCAGAUGAAACUCUGGUGUACCGAAUCCUGCCCUCUACGAGUAACAGCUUCCUCCUGAAGAAUUUGGUCUCUGGAGCUGACUAUAACCUGUGUGUUUUGGCCAUUUUUGAUGACACGGUCACCUCCAUGGCUGCAACAAAAGUUCUUGGAUGUGCUCAGUUCAGCACUAAGGAUAAUUACCCAGACUGCCGUUCACUCCAGGCCCACUUUCUAGGUGGGACCUUGACCAUCCUGGUGGGUGGAGUUGUUGUGGUUACUCUACUGGUGUUUACUGUGGCGCUUAUGGUGCGUCACCGGGUCUGCAGUAAUCACAACAGUCAUCAUGGCACUCGUGGAGAAGUCGGAUGCUCAGGAUCAAACUCGUCACCCCCAGAGAAAGGAGCCAAUGUAUUUUCACAGAGAAAUAGCAGUGGGGAGGUAAUGAUGGUGGUCUUACCUAAUGGACUACCUCAAAAACAAAGAGGUGUGGGAAGAGGGGCAGAGUCAUCAUCGAAGCUGUCUCCCACUCAGAAACCCCAAACACUGCCGAAGCCCAAAGUGAACCUGGAGCAGCUAAAGGCAGGGGUAGGGUCAAAGAAGACACUUCCACCUUAUACCCCAGAAACUGAACGAAUGCCAAUGUACUACACCCCCAAGAAGCCAUCCUCAUCUACACUGCCACACCAGUCACGUCAGUCAGAGGUAGGACUGACUAAACUCCAUUUCACAAAUAGGGAUAUAGAGAAACAGGCUAGCUUAAGCCUUGUCCCCCCAUUUCACAGUGAUCGGAGGUUCAGCACAGGAGGGUCUGUUGUAGUAUGCCGAGGAAGCAGAGACAGUGGAUGUAAUGCAGAGACAGCCUAUCGGAGCUCAGGCCUAAGCGUUGCACGGCACAGACGUAGCUCCUCGUUCGACAUGGGCAACAUGGCAGCCACAACCUGCUAUAGUUAUGCCAAGCGGCUGAGUGUCAUCUGGAGCAAACGGAGCCAGUCACUGCACGGCAUGCUAGCCAAGUGCGCCUCCACGAACAGCAUCUCCACCACCAGCAGCGGCAGCGGAGAUUUCCAUACGAGACACACACGAAGCGUCAUCCAUGACUACAAAUCUAACACCAUGCCUUCGAGCAUAGUCAGAACCCAUACAGAGCAAAGGAGAGACAAAGGUAAAGAGAAAGUAAAGGGAAAAGAUAAAGGAGAAGAACUGGAGGAAAGCAUGGUGUAG